AUGGUCAAGACCAUCGACGGAAAGGUCCGCCCCCUGGCGCCUUUCGACAAGACGCUCGAAAAGUCGACGCUCAAGGGCGCCUCGAGAAUCUAUGUCAACCGGGACUCCCUGAUCCAGCUCACGGGGAGCGUCGACAACGGCCGGCGCUGCGUCGUCACGAGGACCGCCGCUCAGGAUGCGGCCAAGUCUGCGGCGACGACGACGACAACAACGGAGCCGUUGCGCCGAGAGGCCGCGCUCUGGACGCUCGCGGACAAGAAUAUCAGCCCCAACAUCAUUCUCAUGAGCGAGGCGUACCGCGAGGCUUGCGGGUUCGAGCUGGGUGACCAAAUCACGAUCACAAUGACGGAGACUUCUGCGGUGCCCGACGCUGAGUCGGUUAGUAUUCUGCCUAUGACGACGUCUGAGAGGGAAAAGGCCGAGAUUAAAGCAUGGGAGGGGGCUUGGGUAGGAGUGAUUCGGUUCUAUCUUGGGCGGGCUGAGCAAGUUUUUCCGGGCAUGAAGUUUGAGUGCGUGGCACCUGGGUCAAAACAAAUAUUCAGAAUCACAUCCGUAGACGGCCAGACACAUAAUGUAGCCCGCUAUGUGGUCUCAACAGUACCCACGAUCGUCUCAGGUGAGGAAGAAGAGAUAGUCGAGGAAGUUCGCGACGUGACGAAGCUCGUCGUCCCGAAUAUCCCCGGAUUACAUGCAGAAGAGAAAAAGCUGCGAAGCUUCCUCCGUGGCUUCAAUGCAAAGUUCGUCUACAAGGGCCAACAAAAAUCAUGCGGAAUCGUCAUCCACGGCGGACGAGGCACCGGCAAGUCGUACAUCCUGAACCGGGUAGCGAGCACGGGCUGGGGUCGAGUCUUCCGGAUCGAAGAAAACGAUAAGUCGUCGACCGUUGAGGAGGUCUUCAAGCAAGCGCGGACGAUGCAGCCCAGCAUCAUCCUCAUCGAUGGCCUCCAAGCUCUGAUUGGGAAAGACCGGGCAAACUCCACGGCCAUCACCCAGAGGUUAGGCCAGCAGCUCGACCAGCUGGCCGAGGAUGCCCUCAAGAAUGGCACACUACCAAAGGUCGUGGUCAUCGCCACCUGUCUGGACUACAUGACGGACGUACCUCCCGAGUUACAAAAGAGAACGAGAUUCGAGCGCAACAUCCCCCUCUCUAUACCCAACGCCGAUGGCCGCCUCGAGAUUCUCAAGUCCUUUGAAAUACCCAUCCAGCCAGAGGUCAAGGACGUGAUGCUGGCCAAGCUGUCACAACAAACACACGCCUACAACGCAAGCGACCUUGACAGACUCAUCGAAAACGCAAUGAUCAUCUCAGCAGAGCGCCUCGACCCCGACGAAGCCGGCUACGAUGAGGAGGCACUAGGCACCCCGUACCUCUCCCGCGAGGACCUCGAGCACGCGCUCCGCUCCACCAGGCCGACGGCCAUGCACGAUGUGAACCUCAAGCCACCCACAAUCCACUGGCAGGACGUCGGUGGGCAGGAGAGCCUCAAGAACGCGCUGCGCAACAUGAUCACCCUCACCACGACAAACGACCCGACGGUCCAGAAGCUCAUCCUCACCCCGCCAAAGGGUCUCCUCCUCUACGGUCCGCCCGGAUGCUCAAAGACGCUGUCGGCGCAGGCCAUGGCCACCGAGUCCGGCUUCAACUUCUUUGCUGUCAAGGGCGCGGAGCUGCUCAACAUGUACGUGGGCGAGUCGGAGCGCGCCGUCCGGCAGCUCUUUGAGCGUGCGCGCGCCGCGAGCCCGAGUAUCAUCUUCUUUGAUGAAAUUGACUCCAUCGGCGGCCAGCGCGCCGGCAAUGGCGGCGGUGGUGGUGCCGCAAAGAGUCAGGGUGCGGUGAACAUGCUCACGACGCUGUUGACCGAGAUGGACGGUUUUGAGGCGCUCUCGGGCGUGCUUAUUCUGGCCGCGACGAACCGGCCCGAGGCCAUGGACCCGGCUCUUCUCCGGCCCGGCCGCUUCGACCGGAUCGUGUACGUUGGCCCACCGGACGCCGCGGGGCGGGAGGCCGUGUUCAACUUGUAUCUGCGCAAGCUCCCCCUCGCGGCGGACGUGGAUGUUGCAGAGCUGUCGAGGCUGGCGGAAGGUUUCUCGGGUGCCGAGAUUAAGCAGAUUGUCAACGUGGCGACGGAGCCGGCGUUGAGCAAGACGCUGAGCAGGACGCACAUUGGGGCCACAGAGGAAGGUAGUGGCGGCGGCGGCGUUAGGUUGGACGGGGAGGCGGAGCAGGUCACGGUUUGCAUGGAGGAUAUUGUGGACGCCAUCAAGUCUGUCCCCAAGGGUAUCACGCACCAGAUGCUGGAUGGCUACGAAAGGUGGUCGAAGCAGUUUAUGAAGCAUCAGAACCAGAAAUAG